AUGGCCCCAAUCAUCCAUUGCGUCCGCCACGCUCAGGGAUUGCACAAUCUUUGCACUGCCAACCAUGUUAUCCAGGACCCUGUCCUCACGGACCUUGGCCACGAGCAGUGCCGCCAGCUCCGCGAAAGCUUUCCUCGCCACGCCAAUAUCGACCUGGUCACCGCUUCACCCCUCCGUCGCACCCUCUAUACCGCACUCGAGAGCUUCGGUCCCGUCUUCGAGUCAAAGCCAGACUUGAAGAUUAUUGCCCUGCCUGAUAUCCAGGAGACUUCGGAUGUUGCCUGCGAUACUGGUAGCGAGCCUUCUGCGCUGAAGGAAGAGUUCAAGGAAGCAGUCGAUUUGGACCUUGUGCAAGAGGGUUGGAAUAACAAGCAAUCCGGUCGCUAUGCGCCAACCAACCAAGCCCUCAAGCAGCGCGCCCGCGCAGCCCGUCGCUGGCUGAAAGCGCGCCCCGAGAAGGAAAUCGUUAUGGUCACCCACGGUGGAUUUUUGCAUUACUUCACCGAGGACUGGGAAGAUAGCAGCCAAUACCAGGGCACCGGAUGGAUCAAUACCGAAUACCGUACUUACACUUUCAGUGAAGAAACACACACAGAAGAUUUGGAGGGAUAUGAGCUGGAUGGCGAUAAUGCGUCUCUCGAAGAGACCCUCGAGUCACGCGAGCGACGGGGUAAGACCGGACCUAUGUACAGCCGGGAAGAACAGAAAACGUUGUACAAGAAGGGUAUCCAGGGCUGGAACGACCAGGGCUUGCAGAUGAGCGUUGCUGAGCGGGAGGCGGCUAAGGUCACCGGAGGUGAGGAGGUCAAUGGCGUCCGGGUAUAA